AUUGCUCUCUUUCCAUUUUUUCUCGCACUUUUUCCUUCUUCAUGGUACAUCCUGCAGUACCUGCCGCAGUGAUUGUAGUAAGCAUCAUCGCUAUAUGGGGCGGCUGCGGCUGGGCCAAGGACUGGUGGCAGCAGCGUGCCGACAGAAAACAGUAUGAACAGUAUUGCCAUGAACACCAUCACGAAGGCCAGCACUCGCAAGAAAAUGAGUGGAAUCAUGACUAUCAGCAUCAUGAAGAAAGCCAUACGACGGCGAGAAGAGAAGAGAAGAAUACGAGCCAAAGACGCCCAUUUUCCAACAGGCAAGAGGAAGACCGUUCUUCGGACAUCGAACUUGAGGAACUUGAAAGAUCGAUACACCAUCGCAAAAAGAUAUUGGAGGCAGAGCAGCAACGACUGGCUGAGGCAGAACUGGAGUUUCUAAGGCGAAAACAAGACCUUCAAAAUCGGAUGGACAACAUUGCAGGUGCUACUGAUCCUUUCGACGAUAAAUACGAAAGUUUCGAAUCCAGCAUGACCGAAGUUCCUGCUCCGCAACAGGAAAAAUAUCAAGAGAAUGGUGAUGAUGUUUUCCGUGGUUUGCAACCAGAACCCAAUCACUUUACGCUUUUUGACUCUACGGACCAUGCAGCCGUGUCUGCUCCUGGGAACCCUCCGCAGAAACCAAUUUUACCAGAAACAGAAAUACAAAACUUGGAUGACGAAUAUUGGGCAGAUACGGACAACGACGAAGACAAUUCACUCCAUCUCCGGUAUCCAAAAAGUGCUCAGCACAAUUCCAAUUCUGAUUCUGAAGAAAGUUGGCAAGGUGUGGGAAGCAUAACCUCGAGCGAACGCUCUCGUUCAAAUUCCGCUGGUUCAUCCUCAUUUGACAUGUUAGACACUUCGCAUCUGUGACCCAGCCGGGCUUACAGUUUUCCGGUUGUUACUUAAUUGUUCACGUCAUGUAUAGAAAAUACAUUUACGGUAUGAUCAAUACAUCAUAAAAACAUGAUUCCAUGUUGGUUAGCAUGAGAAAUAAAAAAUACCAUGUUGGUGAAAUUUUUACAGAGCCA